AUGGGUCCCCGAAGAAUUCGUGUCAUUCAUCCCAAUGUGCUAUACGGAGACACAUUGUCCUACGGGACUGCCUUCGUGGCCAUCCAGUGGACCGUGAUAAUCAAGACACCUCGAGACGCCAGGGUGAUCAUACUGUCAGAUGACUCAUCCCAGAUCAUUAUGCUGUAG